AAGGAGAUGAGCCGACAGCCCAGCAAGGCUGGGAUUGGACUAUCGCUGCCUUUAUCGGUCCCUGGUGGCUUUUUUACUUGGCCGGCCCUGGAGAGAUAGGGAGUCAGGGACCCUCCUCGCUUGCCACGCUUCCACUCUCCUCACCAGCUCCCACGACUAGCUGUACAAGGAGUUCCCCAAAAUAGAUGGCGCUGCGAGCCCUGUGAAACCCAGGUUGGAGGAUGGAGCCAUCCUUGCUGACUGCGUCCCUGGGGGCAGUCUGGAUUGAUUUAAAACUGUUGUCCCGCUGUUUGGCUCGGGAUCUUGCUUUCUGCUCAUCCCAUCACAAUCUGGUUCUCUCGACGUUUGUUGCUGUUCGUCGUUGCAGUCACUCGCUUCUACUUCGAUCGUUCAUAUAAUACCGCUCUCGUUAAGAUACCCAUUUGCUUCUUUCCCGGAAAGCAUCCAUAUUAUUCAUAAUGCAGUUCACCAUUGCCACUCUCGUCGCGCUCGCCGCGUCCGCUUCUGCCCUCCAGGUCACUUACCCUGGCAAGGACGCUAAGCUCGACCUGACCAAGGACAACAAGAUCGAGUGGAACUCGGUCAGCACUGACCCGUCCACCGUUGACAUCUACCUCGUGGACAACAGCGUCUACCCCACGGUUAACACCAAGAUCGCCUCCGGUGUUGACACCUCUAAGGGCUCUUACACCUUUGAUCUCAAGGGUGUCAAGGCUGGUUCCGGCUACCAGAUCAACCUGGUUUCUGAUGAUGCUCAGAACACCGGUAUUCUGGCUCAGUCCCAGCAGUUCGACGUGACUGAGGCUGGAUCCAGCUCCACCAGCGCCGUCACUUUCACCGACACCACCACUGGUGCCAGCACCUCUUCCACUGCUUCCGGUAGCUCCACCACCCUGAGCACCAGCACCACUGGUACUGCCAGCUCCAGCGCCAGCGCUGCUUCCAGCAGCAGCUCUGCCUCUUCCAGCGCUUCCAAGACCAGCUCGAAGACCGCUUCCGAGACUGGUUCCUCCGCUACCGCUACCGCUACCCACAACGCCGCCAGCGCCCUCUCCGUCUCCGCUGGUGCCGGUACCUUCCUCAUGGGUAUCUUCGCUCUCAUCCUGUAAAGAAAUUGUCAGUGAUAAGCACGACAGGAUGAGAUCGCGGGGGAAAAGGGAAAACGUGAAAACGUCACCCCAACCCGCAUUCUCCUCGCUUUCAUGGGAGGCAAGAUAUA